AUGACGUUGUACAAAGUGCGGAUUGUGUCUACAAACAUUUACACCAUGAAGAGGGAUACGAAUCUUUUUAUCCGGGCCACCACCAUUGCUUUCGUUGGACCCACAGCAGUAGCUCUAGCGGCGUACAGCAAAUACACAUGCGCCCUGCUUAUUUGGUGUUUUUUCUUCUUUGGGAUGCUGGAGUGGUCAGGCAUAAAGCGACACAUUAAAGUGGCGCUUCUGCGGGAUAAUGGGCAAGGAAUAAAUGACGUUGUACAUGAGGAUCUUCCAAAGGAGUAUGCCGCACCAGUGGCCCCGCAUAACACCUUAAUCAUCACCAAAACGCUUGUUUCAUCUCUUAUUAUAGUUGCGGCUUGUAUGGGGGUGGAUGGGUUUCUACUAUUCGGGGCCUUUUACUUCCUUGGGUUGACCAUUUUCACGUUGUGUGGCCAAUGCAGAAUAGAUUUGGGAUCAUUCAUCUGCCGACAAACAAUGAAUGAUUUAGUGACUCAAGCUAAGCUCAACGAACAAGCAGUUUUGUGUCCGGACAGGUCAGUCAACAUAGUACGCUCACUAUUUCUUAAAGAAGAACUCCGCGUGAUGGAUGAGAAGCAAACAUCAGAGUUAUUGCUGAAUUUAUGUCUGGAAUACUUUGGCUUUGUUUGGAUUGCUGGAGUGGUGUAUCCUAUACUUGCUUACGACAUAGACGAUUCAGGGAGACCGUGGAUUUUGGCCGCACUUGUGAGCAACUUUUCGGUUGACAUUGUGGCAAUGUUGGUGGGACGUUCAAUGAAGGGUAUGACACACCCGUUGCGCGAGGCUAUUAGCCCUAAAAAGUCAAUCGAGGGGGCUGUCUUGGGGGUCAUUGCCGGCGCUGGGGUAUUUGUUUUGCUUUUGCACCUUGCCCGCGGUGGCGGGACCCUCGCGCAGAGUUGGGGAUUAUCCCUUCUCUAUCUUAUUGUCGGUGUGCUGCUGGGGGUGAUGGGAGUCAUGGGUGACCUCCUGCAGUCCCUGUUGAAGCGAACUGCGCGGGUAAAAGACUCAGGACACUUAAUGCCAGGCCACGGCGGCGUGCUUGAUCGCAUUGAUGGGCUUCUUGUCGUAUUUCCAACGAUGUACUGUUGCAUGCGUGUUAUUGAACUGCUUUACUGA